CGCAUGCGCAGUUGGCCUCGGCUCCGGUCGCGCCGCCAUCUUUGUCGGCCGCCCCAUUGUUCAGUCAGCGGCUCACACUGCGCAAUCACAACCUCUUCACGGCGUUUACAGGCAGCUGCCCGCGACAGUCGUGGACUUUCUCUCGGGUUUGCGACUUGUUCUCGGCCAGCAAGUUGAACAAAAUGGACGAUGACCAGCCCAAAACCCUGUAUGUGGGGAAUCUGUCCCGGGACGUGACAGAGGCCCUCAUCUUGGAGCUGUUUGGCCAGAUUGGACCCUGCAAGAGCUGUAAAAUGAUAGUAGAUACGGCAGGUCAUGAUCCGUACUGCUUUGUGGAGUUCUAUGAGCAUAGACAUGCCACUGCCACAAUCGCAGCCAUGAAUGGUCGGAAAAUACUGGGUAAGGAGGUCAAGGUCAACUGGGCCACGACGCCAACCAGCCAAAAGAAAGACACAAGUAGUCACUUCCACGUCUUUGUUGGAGAUUUAAGUCCUGAAAUCACCACAGAUGACAUAAAAGCAGCUUUUGCUCCAUUUGGGAAAAUAUCGGAUUGUCGAGUGGUGAAAGACAUGGCCACAGGUAAAUCUAAAGGCUAUGGCUUUGUCUCCUUCUUCAACAAAUGGGAUGCGGAGAACGCCAUACAGCAGAUGGGAGGACAGUGGUUGGGAGGAAGGCAGAUCAGGACCAACUGGGCCACCAGGAAGCCUGCUCCUAAAACUACAAACGAGACACCCAGUACCAAGCAGCUAUCCUUUGAUGAGGUGGUGAACCAGUCCAGCCCCAGCAACUGCACCGUCUACUGCGGGGGGGUCACAACAGGUCUCACAGAGCAAAUCAUGAGACAGACCUUCUCACCUUUUGGCCAAAUAAUGGAAAUCCGGGUUUUCCCAGACAAAGGCUACUCAUUUGUGAGGUUCAACUCCCAUGAAGCAGCAGCUCAUGCCAUCGUAUCCGUCAACGGUACAUCCAUAGACGGCUACGUGGUGAAGUGUUAUUGGGGCAAAGAAACGACAGACAUGGUUAGCCCCAUCCAGCAGGUUCAGAUGCCACAGCAGAACACGGUGAGUUUUGCGGCUCAGCCCUACAGCCAGUGGGGUCAGUGGUACAGCAACACAGCCGCCCAGCAGAUCGGUCAGUAUGUGCCCAACGGAUGGCAGGUGCCGAGCUACGGAGUCUACGGACAGACCUGGGAUCAGCAGGGCUACAAUCAAUUACAUGCCGGCGCCGGAUGGACAGGCGUGGGCGCCGUGAGCAACGGGGGCAUGGUGGAGCCCGGCCAGGGCGUCAACGGGACGGUGCUCACCAACACGGCCGGCAUGAGCGCCACCGGCUACCACACCCACUGAUCACCAACCACAGGCGAGGGCCACGAGGAUGACACUCUGCUGGAGGAGGGGGGAGGAGGAAGGAGGGCAUUAGAUGAGCUCUCUCUGUCACCACACAGUUAUUCUGUUAGAGAAGCUGGUACGCCAUUUUCUUUUUUAAAUCAACCUUUACCAGCCCAUAACUUCACCCACUGCCCAAAUCUGCAAGUGUAAAGAAAUUAAAUCCACUCAAGAACACUUAAACACACGUCAAACUAAUGCUCCUUCCUGGGCUCAUUUUAUUGUUUGGCGUAUUUUUGUAAUGCCUGCAGAAAACCGGCCAAAAUGUAAAUUAUACGACCGUGUUUAGAUAUUUCUAGCACAGCCACGUUUUUAAUUUAAAGAGGAACAUCAACUUAUUAUAGUAAAACACCAAGUUUGUUGGUUUUCAGCCCCUCCGAGCCAAAGAGCAGGGGCAUAAUUUUAUACCAAUGUUAAACAAUCACACAGAGAGAAGAGGCCACCAACUUUUCAAACAGACAGCACUCAUUAAUCCAUAGUAAGUAAUAUAAGUAAGCGGUGCAACGUCUUUUGUUUUUUUACUCAAUUAGAAACCUCUCGCUCCCACUUCUGGUCUGUCCACAUGUCACUAAAGUGAACAAACGCGUCCAAGACAGUUCUCAGGGUGUUGUCGAAGUCAUUCUGUGAAAUGUAGGAAAUCACUGAGCAGACGAAGUAGGCAGGUUGAGGGGUAAGCAGAAAAAAAACAAAAACACAAAACAAGUAAAAAUCAGCGCUCCUUCACUUUCAUCUCCCCUGGAACGGACUGAACAGGCUGAAGAGAAUCCGGUCUGUGGAUUAGAAAUGUGUGUGUGUGUGCGCUUGCGUGUGUGUGUGUGCGUGUGUGUGCAUGAGCAUGAACUGAUGCUUUUACACACAAGAACAAUGUCCAGUUCAUCUUCCCCUGAAACAGAAAGGACUACGCCAUUUUUUUUUUUGCAAAAGAUAAAAUUGUGUAAUUUUCUUUUUUUUGUUUUUGUUUUGAGCAACUUUAAAAUUAUGACGUUGUAUAAAGAGCUUUUGCAUUUUUUUUUUUUUGCAUUUCAUUUUGGGACUGUCAUAAAGAAACGUUGACACCGUCGAAAAAUCAUCCGACACGAGAAACCUUUUUAUGUUUGUUUAUAAAAACACUAAGUGUCAACUGUCGACUUUAUUUUUUAAAUUAGAUUUUCAAUAUCUCAAAUGAACCAAUUGCAGGGAUUACUGCCACUCUUAUCUUACUUAUAGGCAGAUAAAUAUUGCACAACUUAGGGUUAUCUUUUCACAAAAUUUGAAAUACUAGGUUGUGGUUUUUUUUUUUUCUUCUUAAAUGUUUUUUGCAUUCCACAUUCUUUUGUCUGUUUUUUAUGUAUAUAACCAAACAGUCUGUUCAAUUGUACUGAAUCUGUAUAAAGACAACGUGUUAAUUAAGGAAGCGAGCUAGCUUCUGGUUGGGCUGAUCGACGCCACAUACAGCUGUUUGACCGUAGCAUCCCUGUCCAGUGCCGGUCCGUGUACAGUAGAGACAGUGCAACAUUUGAUUCUUCCAGCGGCUCGGACGAAAAAGCAGCGUUGCUAUGCAAUGCAAGAGCCUUUUUUUUUUUUUUUUUUUCGAUUGACAAGUAAUACAUAAUUUAUUCUGUCUUAAACCUAAAUAAUUGUUUUUAUAGAUCAAGAAACAACCAUUAUGAGAAUCCAAGUUUUGCACUGUGGCCACCGUCAUUUUUAAUAGAGUUAAAAAAAAAAAUCCAUUGUGUUGCCUUAUCAGUGAGUUACUUUUUUUUUAUUUAACCAAAAAAUCAUCCAGGAGUAGGUGGUGCCUAAGAAUGUUUUCAACCUAUGUUUUGGCGAGGGAAGGUCUGUCGAUGCUUCAGUAACAUGGUUUGAGUUUUUGCUUUGUCCCAUUAAAAUGCUGAUGCUUCAAACAGA